AUGGCAUCUAUUUUCACCUGGGAUCCCAACCCUCCCAAGGUUGCCUCCCCAUGGCUGAUACCAACAGACUCUGGCAAGUCCAAGAAUGGGGACACAGUCAAGUCGAAGCCAGGCUCGGCCCCACACGCAGGAUUGCUGUCGGAUUACGGAGUCACCAAGCUUCGAGCCGAACCCGAAGAUGGGCCUACCGAGUACAAGCUCCACCUGCUUUUGCGACCCCGUAGGGCUUAUAAGUCCAUGACCACGGCCUCAAGGUCUGUCGGGUCGUAUACGGGACGACCGAGGGAGCCUACGUCGGAUUCCACGCAUGCAGCAGCAAGCCAGCCACGCCAGCAGCGGUUGCUCCAGCUGACCACACAGUUGCUGUGGCGGCUACAGCAGUCCUCUCCCUACCAUGUAUCGAGCUCCAAGGAGAUCACAUUGCCAAGGUUGCCGGGUGACGAUAUCGAUUUGGAACGGGCAAACAGCCCGGCAAGUCUCCUACCCGGCCUCGAAGAGUCCAGGGGUGCCUUGUACGAGAUCGGCGUUUCUGACGAUGGGACUCUUGUUGGACUUACGAAAGAUGAGAUGGACGAGAGUAUCAAGACCCUUCGAGUCAUGGCCGCUAGUCUUGGUUGCUCUGUAGAGGUACUACGCAUGGUAAUCGUCGGAGACUGCGAAUGGUUCGACACUCUUGGGCCGGAGAAGACAGAAGUCCCAAGAGAAGCCCCCUUGUGGGUUGCCGAGGCCCUCGUCACGCCAGAUCUGGGCGGCGAACACCGCAAUGGUGACGAGGCCGAGAACAGCAAAGCCGGGUCGACAUCUGCAAGCACCACGCCAAGAAAGGAGGAGGCCAUGGUCGUGCCUCACACAGGCAAGUCAGGAACGCCUCAGCUCAGAGUCACAUUCACAGGCCCUACGACUUCUGGGAAAUCGAGUCUGCUCGGGACCCUUUCCACUGGUGCACUGGACAAUGGGAGAGGCAAGAGCCGUCUCAAUCUGCUUAAGCACCGGCAUGAGGUGGUCUCGGGCAUUACCAGCUCCAUUGCUCAGGAGCUCAUUGGGUACAAGGGCCAGGACAUACUGAACUUUGCGCAAAGAAGCAUUGAAUCCUGGAUCGACAUUCACGCUUGUGCCGAGGGCGGACGGCUGGUUUUUGCGUCCGACUCAGGAGGUCAUCCUCGAUACCGCAGGACGGUCCUUCGGGGUCUCAUGAAUUGGGCGCCUCACUGGAGUGUUCUCUGCAUCGCGGGCGACGACAAGGAGCUCGAGCAAGACAAGCAAGGUGCCACGCCGGGCACGGGUAAUGUCCCAGCUGCCGUCGCUGUCAAUGGCGCCUUUGUCAGGGCGCACUUGGACUUGUCACUGAAGCUCAAUGUCCCGAUGGCUAUUGUCGUGACCAAGAUGGACCUUGCGUCGAAGAGCAGCGUGCAAAAAACAAUGUCCAAGAUUCUUUCGGCCAUAAAGGACGCUGGCCGGGUGCCCAAGAUUGUGCAGCCUGAUGCUAAGGGCCAUGCAGGCCUGCUGCGGAUCCCCGACGAGGAUCUUACCAAGAUACGCGGCGUCGUGAGCAGCAUCACGGAGUGCGGCGAUUUGACAAAGCAUGUGCCGAUUGUUCUCACCAGCGCAGUAAAAGGCACUGGGAUCGGGCUGCUGCAUGCUUUGUUACAGAGUCUGCCUAUGCCACCGACACCAACCUCUGAAGAUUUUGUCGGCAUGGCCUUGAAUCCAGAGCAGCCCAAGGUCCUCUUCCACGUCGACGACACCUUUACACUACCUGCAUCAUACAGCAUACCUGCCAGCAAUGCGGCCGCUAAGCGUGACCGCGGCAUCGUUGUCUCGGGACAUUUGCGGUUUGGCAACCUGUCUGUCGGGGACUUUCUCGUGGUUGGGCCGUUCCCUCCAGAGGAUGACGAGGCAAGGGUCUUCGCACCCGAGGAUAAGGCAUCUCCCGGUAACUACGGGCUGUCGAUAUCCCAUCCCUCCUCCGCGGAGCUGGCUAAAGUCGCCAUGAAGAACGCCGUAUCGGCGUCGACAAUUGCAGGCGAGUGGCAUACGGCUGAGAUUGUGAGCAUAAGAAAUCUACGUCUGCCAGUCCGGACUCUUGAAUCAGGCCAGGCUGGAACGAUUGGUCUCAUUCUCAAAAAUCCAUCCACAGCUGGGCACGAAGGUGGUGAAUGCGCGCUGCAAGACUCUCCCAGGAUACGGCGUGGAAUGGUACUUGCCAUCCCAUCGAAACACAUGGUCAACACAGGCCUGUCAUUGCAGGCCGCGAGCGGGUUCACUGCCACAUUCAAGGACCCCGAUAUAAACUCUCUGGCGGUUGGUGCGUUUGUUAACGUAUAUGUCGCUAGUGUGAGAGCGACUGCGCGCGUCCGGGGCAUCUCGCAUCAUCGCCGUGACGCUGCUGCAGCAGCAGAUGACGACUUUGAUGAUGUCUUUGCCCUCAACGACGAACUCGAGCAAGGGGUGACUGGCGGUGCAGAGGGCCCGAAAUUCGGCGCCGAAGUGUUCCUGGAGCUGUUGCAUAACCGAGAGUGGGUUGAAUUGGGGUCGCCCGUCAUUCUGUUGGAGGGCGGUAGCCAGGACAAAACCGGGCUGGAGGGUUAUGCUGGGAGGAUCAUAGAGAUUGUGGAGUAG